AAAAAAAAAAAAAAAGGUUUCUUUCGAAAUAAAACGCAACUUUUUUUUCACAGUAAUUUCUUUUUAAUUAUCAAAAUAUGUCUUAUAAAACAGAUACAGAAAAUUCGAUUAAUUGGAUUGAAAAAACUAUUUCUAAAAAACGUAUCAAAUAUUACGAAUAUGAAUAUUUCAAUGAUAUUCAAGAAAUUGAUUCCGAAGGAUUCGGGAAAACAUUCCGUGUAAAAUGGAAAAAAUCGAACCAAUAUUUAUCAUUAAAAUCUUUUAAAAAGUUUGACAAUCUCGUUGUUAAAGAGCUUGUUCAUGAGCUUAAACUUCGUCUUAGAGUUGAGUUUUAUAAUAACAUUAUUGGUUUCUAUGGGAUUACAACGAAAGAAAAUGAAAUAGACAAAACGAAAGAAUAUUUAUUAGUAACGGAAUACGCCGACAGUGGCAACCUUCGAAAUUAUUUAAAGAAUAACUUUCAUCGUCUUACUUGGGAUAAUAAGUACGAAUUAGCAUACCAAUUGGCUGGUGCGGUAUCAUAUUUACAUGAAGAGGAAAUGGUUCACCUUGACUUGCAUUCAAAAAGUAUAUUAGUUCAUCAAAAUAUUAUUAAAUUGGCCGAUUUUGGGUUGACAAGAAGGAUUGAAGAAGCAUCUAAAAAUCAAACAAGACCAUUUAGUAUUCCUUAUACCGACCCAAAAAGACUUACAAAUCGGAAAUAUAACUUAAACCAAAAGAGUGACGUAUACAGUAUCGGUGUAUUAUUAUGGGAGAUAUCUAGCGGUCGACCACCUUUUUAUAAUGAUGGCAAGGCGUAUGAUAUUGGUUUAAUUUAUGAAAUUUCUCAAGGUAAUAGAGAAAAACCAAUUCCUGGAACACCUGAAUCUUAUGUUAAGAUUUAUACUGAAUGUUGGAAUCAAGAACCAGAUAAUCGUCCAACUAUAGAUGAAGUAGUUGAUAAAUUGAAAUCUGCAAAAAAUGCAAAAAAUGAAAACAAUGUAAAAAAUGCAAAAAACGCAAAAAAUGAUCAAACGAAUAAAUUAGGACGUGAUCCUAAUGCUGAUCGUUCGAAUUAUUCCUCCAAUGAUAUUAAUAGAAUUGUUACAAACGGAGUUGUAGAUUGUAUAAAAUUUAAAAAUGAAAUAGUGAAACCAAUUGGCACGAUGGUUAAUGGAAUAAUUAAUGACAUAGUUAAUAAGAAUCAAGAAAAAGAGCUUGAUGAUGUCAUUGAUAGAGAUAUUUUUAAUGAUCGUAACAAAAAUAAUAACGUCAAAUCACAACAAACUUACGACCACUUAUUAAUUAAUCAACAAGAUUCAGGUUCUAACAAUUUAAGUGAAAGAUUAAGAGCUGAAAGAGAAAAAGUACUUAAAAUGUGUAAAGAGGCUGAAAAUGUAUUUACUGAAGUUGGAGAUGCUAUUGAGAAACAAGAUCGCAAAAAAAUUUUAGGAAUGAUUAAGAAAUCAGCUGAAGGGGCUGUAGCAGAGAUACUUCAAAGUAAUUCCCAAAACGAUGAAGAAAUGGUUGAAAUAAUUGAAUCGUUACAAAAAACCGCUCAAAGAACAGCAGAAGCUGUGCAUGAAAGUCCAUGCAACGUAAAUUAAUUUUAUUGUUUUCUUUACAUGUAAAGUUUUUGAUUAUUCAUAUAAUAAACUAGUUGUUUAUACGAUAAAUAUAAUAAAUAUGACUAACAAUUAAAAUAUGCCGAAGUAAAAACGAUAUAAAAGAUACGAUGGCGGU